ACGUCAUAUGUUUUGGUACAGCAUGCACAGUGUUGUUACUUCUUUGUUUGAGUUCAUAGCAGAAGUUCAAAACGGACAGUGGAGACGGUACACGUUAUAACGAUUUAAAAGCAGGUUAUGAUUUAGGGACUGUAAUUCCAAAGGAUUCUUUGUGUACUUUAUUGGGACAUUAAGUUAUAUACAGGGCUAUACACUUUGCUUGGACAAGAGCAAAUUAAAAGAUCACAAAAAAAAAAAAAAAACUGGUGCACUUUGUUCCUGAAAAAGAGUAGUUAAUGAAUGUUGGCAUGGUGCUUAUACUGGGACGCAGAUUCAACAGAGAUGAUUCUGGGACUCUGGAUUCCCCACUUUCCAAGCGUAAAGUCAUUGACAUGGACCAGAAGCCUUUAUUAGGUCAUGAAAUAUUUGAUUUCAAUUCUGGGUCUCCCCAUGCUGAAGGUAUUUUGCAAAUUCUGAAUGAAUUUCGAGAUAGCCGUUUGUUCACAGAUGUAGUCAUCUGUGUGGAAGGCAGAGAAUUUCCUUGUCACCGAGCUGUUCUUUCAGCCUGCAGUAGCUACUUUAAAGCCAUGUUCUGCAAUGACCACAGGGAGAGUAGAGAGAUGCUGGUAGAGAUUAAUGGAAUAUUUGCAGAAGCCAUGGAUAGCUUCUUGCAGUAUGUGUAUACUGGGAAGGUAAAGAUUACCACUGAUAAUGUGCAGUACCUGUUUGAGACUGCUAGUCUUUUUCAGAUCAGUGCUUUACGUGAUGCCUGUGCCAAGUUCCUAGAGGAACAGUUGGACCCUUGCAACUGUCUUGGAAUCCAGCGUUUUGCAGACACCCACUCACUGAAAAUGCUUUACACAAAGUGCAAAAGCUAUGCCUCUCAGACUUUUGCAGAUGUGGCUCAGCAUGAAGAAUUCCUGGGAUUGUUAAAAGAUGAACUCAUUGAUUACAUCUCUAGUGAUGAUCUUGUUGUUGUCCGAGAAGAGUUGGUAUUUGAAGCAGUUAUGCGCUGGGUUUACCAUGAUGUGGAAAUGAGAAGGCCUGUGCUGAAGGAACUGUUGACCCAUGUAAGAUUACCUUUACUACAUCCCAACUACUUUGUCCAGGUAGUAGAAACUGACCAAACGAUUCAGAACUCUCCCGAUUGCUAUCUGCUACUGCAUGAAGCAAGAAGAUACCACAUACUUGGUAAUGAGAUGAUGUCUCCAAGGACAAGACCACGCAGAUCUACAGGAUACUCUGAGGUGAUUGUUGUGGUUGGCGGAUGUGAACGAGUCGGUGGCUUCAAUCUACCCUACACUGAAUGUUAUGACCCAGUAACAGGGGAGUGGAAAUCCUUGGCCAAGUUACCAGAGUUCACAAAAUCUGAAUAUGCUGUGUGUGCUCUAAGAAAUGACAUUAUUGUUUCAGGGGGAAGAAUAAACAGUCGUGAUGUAUGGUUGUAUAAUUCUCAACUCAACCUCUGGAUUAGAGUUGCUUCGUUAAACAAAGGUAGAUGGAGACAUAAAAUGUCCGUUCUCCUUGGCAAGGUAUAUGCAGUUGGAGGCUACGAUGGACAGAAUCGGAUUGCCAGUGUUGAAUGUUAUGACUCCUUUUCCAAUAGAUGGACUGACGUGGCUCCGCUCAAAGAGGCUGUUAGUUCUCCUGCUGUGGCUAGUUGUGUAGGCAAGCUGUUUGUGAUUGGAGGAGGUCCAGAUGACGAUACCUGCUCUGACAAGGUACAGUGCUAUGAUCCAGAUACUGACAGUUGGCUUUUGAGGGCCUCAAUACCCAUUGCAAAGCGAUGUAUUACAGCUGUGUCCCUGAACAAUCUAAUCUAUGUGGCUGGAGGUCUUACCAAAGCUGUCUACUGCUAUGAUCCAGUUGAAGACUACUGGAUGCACGUUGUGAACACUUUCAGCAGACAGGAAAGCUGUGGCAUGUCUGUGUGUAAUGGGAAGAUCUACAUUUUGGGUGGAAGGGGUGAAAAUGGAGAAGCUUUGGACACAAUACUUUCAUAUGACCCUUCAACUGGAAUCAUCAUGGGAACAACAGCUAUGAGCAGGCCUGUUUCUUACCAUGGCUGUGUAACAAUCCACAGAUACAAUGAAAAAUACUUCAGGACAUGAGCUCACAAAAUCCUUCUUUUGCAUGUGUUUUUUGGCCUGAGACCAGAAAUUUGUAUUAUAGUAGGAGAGUGUCAUCUCGAAGUAGUGCACUUGUGUUUGUGUAUGUAUGUAUAUAAAAAUGUAAAAUGUAUUCAUUGUUAAUGAGCCU